AUGUCGCGCAGUUCCUCAAUGUUGCUGACGCUGGCCUUUGUGCUGACGACGCUGACGUUGGGCCCCGGGUUCGUCAGCAGCAUGUCGAUAAGCAGCGGUGAAGGAGGAGACAGGGAUAGCAAGUUUAUUUUCACCCUAGUCAGGUUUCCGAACGUGGUGUGUGGCUCUGGCCUCGACUCCGGCACCUGCGUCACGAACGCCGAAUGCACAGCUAGAGGUGGCAGCGUCGUCGGCUCCUGCGCCAACAGAUACGGGGUCUGCUGCAAAGUAACUCUGACGGGCUGCGGCGGCACGGUCACCCGGAACAACACGCUGGUUCUCUCCACGGACUACCCGAGCUACUACAACGAGGCCAAGACGUGCGAGUACAAGGUGCAGUUCGACGACUCCGCAGGCAACAUCUGCCAUAUCCGGUACCAGCAUAUCAGCAAUGAGCUUGUUGGACCUUCGAGCUUGGGAGUGUGCCAAAAUGAUAUGCUUGUUUUCAAAGAAGAUACCAAAUCCUCGUAUUUCUGCGGAAAGGCCCCAGCUGACUACCACUGGCUAGUAGAGACAAGCGGCACAACCAGCCCCCAUACCUUCACGAUUACGACCGACUCCUCGAGUUCGAAUCGCCGCUACGCCAUCUUGGUCUCGUGGAUCCCCUGCUCCGUCAGAAGUGAGCGACCGUCUUUUGUUCCUCAUUCUUGUGCCUUGAUCAUGGCCUUAAGAUUUCCUUCCUUGCGCCAGAUCCACCCACGAUUCAGCCCCUUCCCUCUCUCCCUCAGUCCCUAG